UCAAGUGAAAUUUAAAUAAAUUUAUUCCACAACCUGUCAUCCGAAUAGGCCAACUGAAUGCCACUUGCGUCAAAACAAACCGCGCAUGUGCUCCAUCAAAACAAAUCAAAAUUUCAAGGACAAUUUGCAAUCGUCCGACCGGUUUUCAUUUUACCGCAACUUUACUGUCCUUUUUUUCUUGAUUUGCUACACAAUGGAAGCACUAGACGAAAUAGUUCCUUUUUUAUCAAAAAGUGCACGUCUCGAUCUAAGGGUUGUGUCGCUCUCACACGUGCUAGGUCUCACUGGCACAGUGGAUGGCGUUAAACUGCUGGUUAAAAAUGAAACACUGCUGAACAAUCUGCUUGAUUUAACAACGGACGAAACCGUCGCGAAGGAUGCCGUUCUGUGUCUCGUUAACAUCACGGCAGAAGAGACCGGUGCUGCUGUGGUAGUAGAUAAGCUCUCCGAACGAUUGGUACCCAUGGCGUACGAAGCGGUACUGGAUGAAGGCUGCAAACUAAGCGAUGCCUGGUGCAUGGUGCUGUGCAAUAUCACCCGUCCCGAGCAUCUCGUCGAGCGGGUCUUGAACCGUUUGCUAGCGAUAGAGUUUGCCUUGGAAAAGCUAACCACGUGCUUCACGCGCAUUAACUACAACAAGCAAAAGUGCCAUCUCAAUUACCUCGGUCCAUUGUUUAGCAACGUGUCGCAGAGUAAGGCGGGUCGCGAUGUGUUCUGUAAUCAGGUGACGGGGCUGCUGAGACGGUUGCUGCCCUUCGUUCACCACGAGGGUAGCAUUGUGCGUCGGGGUGGUGCUGUCGGUUUGCUUAAAAAUGUCUGCUUCGAUUCCUCCGUGCACGAAUGGCUGCUGAGCGAGGAAAUGAACGUGCUGCCGUUCAUCUUGUUGCCGCUCGCCGGACCGGAGGAGCUGGACGAUGAGACGAACGAUAAGUUGCCGGUGGAUUUGCAAUACCUUGGUCCGGAUAAGACGCGCGAGGAAGAUCCAGAUGUGCGCAAGAUGCUGGUAGAAUCAUUAGCGCAGCUGUGUGCGACGCGCAACGGAAGAUUGUAUUUGCGCGAGCACGGUACGUACGAGAUUUUGCGCGAGUUGCACAAAUUUGAAUGCCGCCCGGAGGGAGAUAAGUCUGUACUGAACGCCGUAGAGAACGUUGUGGAUAUAUUGAUAAGAACGGAAGAAGAAAUCGGGGAGGAUAACCUAAAGCAGCUGGAAAUUCCGGACGAUGUGAAAGCUAAAAUUGAAAGCCUGAGUGAAGAGGUUGAAAAAUAGAAACCAGCACAUCCGCAUUCCGCAUUGGCCACCAGUGUGUUUAUUGUCUCCGUUUUAGACGCACCAUAUGUCCGUUGGUAAUCUUCAUCGUAAGAGCCAUUUUUGUGGAUAAA